CUACCGCCGCUACCUGGGACGGCUGAGGCAGAACCUGCGCGAAACCCAGAAGUUCUUCCGCGACAUCAAGGACUCCCACCACCACAGUUGUCCCUCCUCCCCCACGGGCGGCGGCGGGGCCCAGCCCGGCCCUGCCGGCGAUGUCGCCGAAGCGGGGCUGCAGGCGGGCCAGCUGAACUGCAUUUUCUUCCCACCUAAGGAAGAGAAGUACCUCCAGCAGGUUGUGGACUGCCUCCCCUGCAUACUGAUCCUCGGCCAGGACUGUAAUGUCAAGUGCCAGCUGUUGAACCUGCUGCUGGGCGUGCAGGUGCUUCCCACCACCAAGCUGGGCAACGAGGAGAGCUGUAAGCUUCGGCGCCUGCGCUUCACCUACGGGACUCAGACUCGAGUCAGCCUGGCGCUCCCUGGACAGUAUGAACUUGUGCACACGCUGGUGGCUCACCAGGGCAACUGGGAAACCAUCCCUGAGGAGGACCUGGAGGUCCAAGAUGACAGUGAGGACGCUGCUCAUGUUCUAGCUGAACUGGAGGUGACGAUGCACCAUGCUCUCUUACAGGAGGUGGACAUCUUGGUGGCACCGUGCCAAGGCCUCCGGCCCACAGUGGAUGUUCUGAGUGACUUGGUGAAUGACUUCUUACCUGUGAUAACCUAUGCACUCCACAAAGAUGAACUCUCUGAGAGGGAUGAACAAGAGCUUCAGGAAAUCCGGAAGUACUUCUCUUUACCUGUGUUCUUCUUCAAAGUGCCGACGCUGGGCUCAGAGAUAAUAGACUCCUCUGCCAGGAGAACGGAGAGCGAAAGAUCGCCACUUUAUCACCAGCUAGUCGACCUGGGCUAUCUGAGCAGCAGUCACUGGAACUGUGGGGCGCCCGGUCCAGACACUAAAGCUCAGAGCAUGUUGGUGGAACAGAGCGAGAAGCUGAGACACUUGGGCAUGUUUUCGCACCAGGUGCUGCAGGCUCGUCUGGUGGACGCAGCCAGGGCCCUGAACCUCGUGCACUGCCACUGCCUCGACAUCUUCAUUAACCAGGCCUUCGACAUGCAGCGGGACCUGCAGAUUACGCCCAAGCGCCUGGAAUAUACUCGAAAAAAGGAGAACGAGUUGUAUGAAUCACUGAUGAAUAUUGCCAACCGAAAGCAGGAGGAAAUGAAGGAUAUGAUUGUUGAGACACUUAACACCAUGAAGGAAGAACUUCUGGAUGAUGCUGCCAACAUGGAGUUUAAAGAUGUCAUUGUCCCCGAAAAUGGGGAGCCAGUGGGCACCAGAGAGAUCAAAUGCUGCAUCCGACAGAUCCAGGAACUCAUCAUCUCCCGACUUAACCAGGCAGUGGCUAACAAGCUGAUCAGCUCAGUGGAUUACCUGCGCGAGAGCUUUGUCGGAACCCUGGAACGGUGUCUGCAGAGCCUGGAGAAGUCGCAGGAUGUCUCAGUUCACAUCACCAGUAACUACCUGAAACAGAUCUUAAAUGCUGCGUAUCACGUUGAAGUCACGUUUCACUCAGGGUCCUCGGUUACAAGGAUGCUGUGGGAGCAAAUCAAGCAGAUCAUCCUGCGUAUCACGUGGGUGAGCCCACCUGCCAUCACUCUGGAAUGGAAGAGGAAGGUGGCCCAGGAAGCCAUCGAGAGCCUUAGUGCCUCCAAGCUGGCCAAGAGCAUUUGUAGCCAGUUCCGAACUCGGCUCAACAGUUCUCAUGAGGCCUUUGCAGCCUCCUUGAGGCAGCUGGAAGCUGGCCACUCAGGCCGGCUGGAAAAAACUGAAGAUCUAUGGCUGAAGGUUCGGAAAGAUCACGCUCCCCGCCUGGCCCGCCUUUCUUUGGAGAGCCGGUCUUUACAGGACGUCUUGCUCUAUCGUAAACCUAAACUGGGCCAGGAACUGGGCCGGGGCCAGUAUGGUGUGGUGUACCUGUGUGACAACUGGGGGGGACACUUCCCUUGUGCCCUGAAGUCAGUUGUACCUCCAGAUGAGAAGCACUGGAACGAUCUGGCUUUGGAGUUUCACUACAUGAGGUCUCUGCCAAAGCAUGAGCGCCUGGUGGAUCUCCACGGCUCAGUCAUUGACUACAACUACGGCGGUGGCUCCAGCAUCGCCGUGCUCCUCAUCAUGGAGCGUCUCCACCGCGACCUCUACACGGGGCUGAAGGCUGGACUGACCCUGGAGACACGUUUGCAGAUAGCACUUGAUGUGGUGGAGGGCGUCCGCUUCCUUCACAGCCAGGGGCUUGUUCAUCGUGAUAUCAAACUGAAAAAUGUGCUGCUAGACAAGCAGAACCGGGCCAAGAUCACUGACUUAGGAUUCUGCAAGCCAGAAGCCAUGAUGUCAGGCAGCAUUGUGGGGACACCGAUCCAUAUGGCCCCUGAACUUUUCACAGGAAAAUACGAUAAUUCCGUGGAUGUCUAUGCUUUUGGAAUUCUCUUCUGGUAUAUCUGCUCAGGCUCUGUUAAGCUUCCUGAGGCGUUUGAGAGGUGUGCUAGCAAAGACCAUCUCUGGAAUAAUGUGCGGAGAGGGGCCCGCCCGGAGCGUCUUCCUGUGUUUGAUGAGGAGUGCUGGCAGCUGAUGGAAGCCUGCUGGGAUGGUGACCCCUCACAGAGGCCUCUCCUGGGCAUUGUCCAGCCCAUGCUCCAGGGCAUCAUGGACCGGCUAUGCAAGUCAAAUUCUGAGCAGCCAAACAGAGGGCUGGAUGAUUCCACUUGAAAGCAGAGGCCUUUCUCUUUCACGCUCUACUUUUUUCCUUCCCCUCACCUUUUGGCCAUGGGGAGAAUUCAGCAUGUAACUCAUUAUAGGAAGAUCUUGAGGGAACUGGUGCUUGCUGGGCAACUUGAGACCUUGCCAAGCAGAGGCAUCUCCUGGACAGUGAAGACUGGGAGAGCUGAGCACGUUCGGCAGUUCACCGAUACCCCAAGAUAGUCCUGUGGCAAAAGAUGCAAAGCUGAAAAAUGUGACAACUGAAAAGGAGGCGAAUGUUACCACUGUCUAUUCACUGUGUAUGUUUCUAAGACAACGAUUAGACACUGCAGUGGCAAUAGCAUUAACAACUCUUCAUUUUCAUUAUUUUGGCUCUAGCUAGGAAUAAGUUGAUUUUAUCAAUGGUCAAGACACUUAGAAAAUUUGAGCUUAUUUCUAAGAUUGUUAGAACAUGGGGACAGAAGGUCAGUUGUGGAUGCCUGGUUCCUGCUGUCUGUAGUAGGGGAAUCUCAGGUUGCAGUGGUCAGGAGCCCCAGUGAGAAAGCUAGAAACAAAGCUGCCUGUUCCUAAGAGUUCCAGUGUGUUUACAUUUAGAGGAGCACACAUUGCUGACUCCUGGGGGAGGACAGCAUUUCACUGUUACAUCACCAAUAGGCCAAAAAAAAAAAAGUGUAUGUGUGUACACUGUUGGAUGCUGAGUUACUGCUAACCCCAGACAGAUCUAUUUUUCUACCCUUUGGUCUUCCCCCACCCCACCCCUUUUUUUCCUUUUUUUGGUCUCAAGGUGGGAAAGCUCCAGACAACAUGAUGCUUUGGAGUGAGUGUCUGAGCGAGAAUAACAACGUGAAGUAUUUGGGUGAGACUUGAGAGGUGGGACAGGAUCUGGAGGCCGUAACCUACUGAAAGGUUACCAGCUCGUUUUACAACUUUGAAAAAUCAGAAACUUUUGUUUUGAAUUUAGCACACUGCUGUGUUAAAAUUUGAUGAGCUUUUUAACCAAGGCUUUUUCCCUGCCAUUUGUCCCUUCCAUUUACCAUAUUACAAAUAUAUUUUGGUAGAAGGAGAAAAGAACCCGACAAAAGAGGACACUUCUCUGGUGGCUCUGUGAUGCGCCCCUCUCCACUGUGUGUCUACAUGGGGGGCUCCCCUGCCCUGAAGCUGGGAGCUGGGAUGGUGGUCUUUUGUACUUUCUCAUGUAGUUUAUGUGAGGACAGAAAUCUGAUUCUAGUCAGAGGAAGGGGAACAAUUUAUGAAUCCUGACUUUAAGCCUUCUCCAACCAAAUUGUUCCAUUAGACUCAGAAAAACAGACAGAUGAAGGAAUAGACAGGCUGGCUGAGUAACCUCCAUCUGCCUGCCUAAUCCUCAAAAACUGUGGUCUGGCCCUUGUACUGGCCCCAAAACAUAUGAAACAGGUCCUCGGGUAGUAUGAGAGUCGUGAUGCAUUUGCUGCUGGGAUUUUUCUAGCAGAAUGCCCAUCUUUUGAAUAUUGACAGUGUAAUUGGAGUCUGUAAUACAUUUGUCAUGCAACUUUGAAAGUUCAGUUUUAAUCUUUGGCUCUCCUGGGCUCUGGUUAUAGUUAUCUUUGAAUGCGGUAACCCCUUGAGCACUCCAGCCUUUCAGAAACUUCAUGUAGUGCUUAUAACCUUUUUAUUUGCAAAUGAGAAAAUAACUGAGCCAAGCCUUUGGGUUCUCCACACUCCAGCCUUGUUUUAGCAGAAUGUGUCGUAUAUUUCUUAGAAUUUUUUUUUUUAAAGACAGAGUCUCAUGUGUUGGGAUCCUCCUGCCCCAGCCACCCAAAUCACUGGCAUCACAGGUGAAGCUCAGGACUUUUAACGCCUCCUUAGCUCACUUUGAGUUUUCUCAGAACUCAUCAUCCUUCUGAUGAGGGGUCUGUAGGGGGCUUCCAGGAAGCUCGGUGUCAAGCGAAGAGUUCA